AUGUCCCUGGUGAAAGCCGCAAGCACAACGGAGUACACGUUGUUGGACGAUUACGUCCGCCUCAGUACCAACAUCAUGCUUUGCGACGGUGCUGCAGUUGGAGGGAAUAUCCAGGUCAGCUGGAGCUGGAGGCAAAAGCUUGCUGUUGGCGCAGCACUGUGGAACGCGUGGACCAACGACGCAGGCGUCGCGUACACAUCCCUCAAGAUGCCUGUCAGUCAGUUCGGUGGCGCCGCGGAAUACGAGGUAAAGGCUUCCAUUGCUGGCUCUGGGGCUGGAGAUGCGAUCUUCGAAGUCACGGUAGGCGACAUCCCGCCCCCCGACGCCAUUCUGUCAUUGCCAGCAGUGGCGUCGGAAGAUUGUGACUUUUCCAUCGAUGCCUCGGGCUCAACCGACCCUGGCGGAGCGGACUUGUCCGUCGCGUGGGCCUGCGAGUCAGACAAUGCAUCGGAGUCUGCGGCCUCCUACGCGGCGGCUGCGGCGUGCAGCGCGAAGGUGACAAACGAGACGGCUUUUCUGAUCACCCUGCCCGGCGGGGCCCUGGACGCGGGCGGCUACCUCUUCACGGUCACCGUCUCUCGCGCAGGCGCCCAGUCGACCACGUCCGGGGCGGUGCUGGUCACGGGCACCAGUCAGCCCGUGGUCUCCUUCGCCAAGCUGGCGGCGGAGGUGUCCCCACAGCAGCCCCUUACGGUGGCGGCCACGGUCUCCGAGUCUGCGGGCUGCGUCUCGCCCGCCUGGAAGGCCUGGUGGCUGGUGGCGCCCGACGGCUCCAGCGCGACCCAGCUGGCGGCCUCCGCGGCGACGAGCCUCACGGGGCUCUCGGUGCCUUCCCUGUCCGCCGCCCCAGGCGCCUAUUACCGGAUGCGGCUGGUGCUGUCCGAAGCGGCGCACGCCGGCUUCACUGAAGACAUUAGCAAGGGGGUCUACGUUUUCGAUUCCACCGUCUUUCUGAUCGACGAGCCGCCCACUGGCGGCUCGUGCGAGGUGUUCCCGAACAAGGGCAACGCCACGCUGACGAGGUUCACGCUCUCCUCGCUGAAUUGGCUGGACGACGACCUGCCGCUACUCCACAAGUUUUCCAGGUGUCUGGGGACCGUGGGCGACGGCUGCGACUCCUGGACCGCGGUGAGCGCCUACUCGCGGAGCGAGACCCUGCAGAACGUCCUGCUCUCCACGCCAGGGACGGUGAUGAUCAAAGCUGACGCCAAGGACACGCUCGGCUCUUCCAGCGCGGCCGUCACGGAGGUGGAAGUCGUCGAGCUGGCGGAGUACGUGAGCGACGCUGCUCUCCUGGAUGUGGUUGCGUCGGUGUCUAGCUUUGGCGAUCCGUUCACCACCCUGGCGGCCCUGUCGGCGGUGGCGGACAGCUCGAGCAGUGGGAGCCAGGAGUUCUCUGGCAUCCUGCUGGACACCCUGUCGGGGAGCGGCGCCCUCUCGGACCCGGACCCGGAGAGCGUCGAUGCCACCACGGCCGCACUCGCUAGCAUCGUGACGUCGGCAUCCACCGUGCACUCCACGCACGCGGGCGGCAAUGCGACCGAGACAAGCCAGGAGGUCGUCAUGGAGAUGGAGGUCGCGACGAAGGCGGCGAAUCUGGUCAGCGACAUCGCGGUGGCAGCGAAGGGCUUGGAGGAGGGCAUGCAGGUGGCGACCGCCACGCUACUGAUAAAUUCCGUGGGCACUCUGCUGAACACUGCCACAGCCACCCCUGCCACCACAGGCGAAAACAGUACUUACGCCACGGAUGGAAAUGCUUUGUCUGACGAGGAGGUGGCGCAGCAGAAGGCCCUCAGCGGCCAGCUGCGGCAGGCCACCGAGGCCAUUGGCGACGCCGUCAUAAAAGCCACUCCGCUUGGCGAGACGGUGACCAUGAACACUACCACAGGCCUCCAGCUCAACAUCAUGAAAACGGACAAUGGCGCACUGGCGGCCCAUGGCGCGAGCGUGGGUGGCUUCACGCUCCCCCCGAUGUCGGGCCUCGCCGCGAGACGUCGCCUGAGGUCUGGGCGCGUGCUUACGAGCGGAGAGACGAUCGGCCUGCAGAACGCGAAGUGGCACAAGAACCCUUUCUCGUACGCAGGCUCUAUCGCGCCGGCCCCAACAUCGAGCAGUGGGGUGGCGAGCGACCUGAGCAUCUCGACAGAAGGCGUGCGGUCCUUCAGCAUCCGGCUGGACGGAGAAGAAGUUGCAGUGGCAGAUCUGGAGGAUCCUAUCAUCAUCGAGUUGCCGAGGCACCCGAAUGCUGAACGCAAAAGUUUGUCUGCACAGAGGAGGCUGAGUGAUGUCCAUGAGGACGCCACCAUUGAGGAGGUGGAGGAAUGCAUGUACUUUGACCACACGAACGAGGUCUGGUCUACAGAGGGCUGUUCAGUGGUGGAGAUCAGCGGCGACACGCUCGUUUGCGCUUGCAACCACCUCUCUUUCUUCUCCUCUGCCCUCGGCAGCCUGUCGUUCUUGGGAGACUUCCUGUGCCCAAAUGUGGCUAUCCUCGCACCUGCAGGCUUUGUAGAGCUGGGUAGGGGUCAAUGGGCACAACAGCGAGGCGGGAUCGUUCUCUGGACGCUGCUGGUGGUGCACUUGGUCAUCACCCUGUUGGCCUGCUGCUCGCAGGGCUCCUGGACGUCCAAGCCGGGCUUCUUCUUGUACGCCGACGAUGCAAAGGGCUACUCGAAGAUGGCCGUGCUGAAGAAGAUGGUGAGCGCCGGGCAGAAGAGGGGCAAGUCAAAGCCGAAGAUGGUGCUCGUGUUCAUCAUGCACGUCGUUUUGAAGCUCAAGCUCGACUAUGACUACGACGAGCUCUGCCAGCAGACCACCCUCGAGAUGAUUCGGACUCUUGUGUUUUACAAGAUGAUGAUGAUGUGGGUCACGGCAACCAUGGGCUUCUCUGAGCUAGACUUGCGUUACAUGCGUCACGGCAACGUGGUGUCAACCGGUGGCAUGGGCACCCGCGGGUUAAAGGUCAGGUCAGUCUGGGAGGAGACCAGCGACGACGACAGGAGCAGCAGCGGUGACAACCCAGAGGAGGCGCCGCGAGUGGAUGCACAGACGACCUGCUCGAGCGUGGAUGCGGCUCCCUCCAUGAAGGCCGCUGCCAUGGCCAUCAUGGCCAUGCCGAAGAUGGCGUCUGGCUCCAGGGGGCCAUCGACGCGCUCAGAGACCUCCGAGCAGCGGGUGUCGAAACUGUCGGCCGUGUCGAGCGAGGUCAGGCGCAGCCUCAUGAAGCUCCCCGUCCGCUCGACAAACACGAAGCUCGACAACGGCAUCACCGACGAAUUCGUCGCCAUGGUGAAGGACAAGAGUCGCUUGCUGCAACGCCGACGGGACGGUUUCGCGGCCUCUGGGGCCCCUGGGGCCCGCCAGGCCGGGGAAAGAGUGAGUUCCUCGGAGAUGUCCACCGCGCAGGACGCCACUGGGGAGGCGGUGAAGUUUUCUGAGGAGGUUGUGGUCCUGUACAAGGCAAUCCACCCUCUCUACAAGCUGCUGCUGUACAGCAUGACCGUGCCCUGGACAUUUCAGAUCGUGGCGCUACUCAGCACUGUGUUUGGCUCGCUCAUGCUCUCGGCUGCCUUCUACGGGACCAGCGCGAGCCCCAACAUCCCCGAGUGCGUGGGUCCAGACAAUUUGCUUGGGAGCAUCGUCCGGGACAUGUCCGUGGCCCUGGCCUCCACGAUCAUCGGAUUGGCCCCGAUUGUGGUGAUACUGUCCCGGCGCAGUCGCACGAUGCCGCGGGUCAGCGCAGAGCGCGAUGUGCAGAGACAGCUCCGGCAGUGGUUCUUGAAGGACGUUGCCAUCAUAGUGGGCGGGUUGCUGUGGUCCGCAUUCUGCAUAUUAUACAUCAUGCUUUUCCUGGCCAAUGUGAGCCAACAGGAUGCAGACCACUGGUUGGUUAGCUUGCUUACUCGCUUCAUCAGCAGCUGGAUCAUUUUGCCGGGUGUUCUUGCUAUACUGUGGGUGAUAGUUAUGAGAGUCUUUGCGGUCUUCAGCGACGGACGCUUCAUCGAGAACAGCGUCAGCGCGCUCCUGAGAGCAAUUCAUCAUGGCGGCGGUGGCGGAGAGCUGGUGAACACGUCGGGAGCCCGCUUGUCUGUGGACCCGCCGCCGCUUCUGCACGAGGGGGCCCGCAGCUGGGCGACCAGGCUGCUCCGUGCAGGCCCAGACGACCAUCUGCCGCCGGUGCCGCCCCUGGGCAGGAUGUGGGCGCCCGCGGAGAAGGAGGCCCACUUCUGGACGUGGGUCAGCCACCUGCGGGAGCUCAACCAACAGGCCGUGGCCCCAUCGACGCGUGCGUCCUUGUCCCUCGCGAGCGCGCGGGCGGCCCUGCCGUCGCCGACGGGCCGGCGGCACAUUGCCCACCGCCGCAGCUCGAGGUCUCCGGGCGAGCCCGGCGAGCCCGAGAGGCCGAUGGCGGGAUGGCAGGCCGGCCGCCACGCUUGGCAGGCCGACCAGACGCAACUGGUCCCCGGGACUCCGGCGCCCGAGGGGCCAGCAUCACAGUUCCGCCGCCACCGUGCUCAUCGGCGGUUCUGCCAGGCGGCGCCGCGCCUCCGCGCGGCGGGCCCCUCGGCGGCGCCCUGGCGCCGCGGGCCCCCGCGGACGGCGGCUCGGAGCGCCAGGGGUGGGCCGGGGCCCGCCUCGCGCCUGGAGGGGCGGCCGGUGCGCCAUCGGGGCGGCAGGCGGGGCGGACUCCGCCACGCCUGCGAGCCGCGGGCGGCAGCCCCCCGCCGGGCCCGCCCCUCGCGGCGGCGCCCGACGGCGGCCCUUCGCGGGAACCCCCGGGCGCCGGGGAGGCGCUGCGGGCGGCCGCGUCGCUGCAGCGCCUGUCGGAGGUCGGGCAGUUGCUGGCGCUCUCGCCGGUGGAGGCGGCGCGCUCGUUGCUGCAGCAGUCGGCGCAGGCCGAGGGGCCCCCGGCGAGCGGCAGCGGGCGGCCGCGGGCCGCAAGCCGGGACAGGCCGGCGGAAGAGCCACAGCCUGCCGACGAGCCGGUGCCCAGGAGCGACCUGCCAGGCGGCAUCCCGUCGCCAGAGGAGAGGAGGUCCCCGGCGCAGGGGCGGCCGCCGCGCUGAGGGCCUCGGGCCCGCGAGCUGUCGGAGGCGGUGCCUCCGCAGGUGA